AUCAGUCUCUCUUCUAUUUUCUGAUGUGGAACAGGGCUUGAUGAGAGGACCUAAUAGAAUGUGUUUUUGUUUGCGUUUGCAGAUGUAAAUAGUAUAUAGAGACUACGCAGAAAUGUAAGGUCAAGAUCUUUUCGAUCCCUCUGUGAAACUUUGGUCAGUUGCGCAAGUUUACUUGGAGAAAGGAGGCGGGACCGCCGUGUGCCGCCAGCUCCAGCUCCUGCCAUGGCUGCAGCGGUGUGGACUCUCAGAGGACGCAGAGCUGCUGCUCUUCUGGGGACGGUGACUGGAUCCAGGUGGAAUCACACCGCUUUAAAAACGCGUUAUGACGCGCUGGUGAUCGGUGGAGGUCACAAUGGACUGGUGGCAGCUGCCUAUCUUCAGAAGGGAGGAGUGAAAACAGCUGUGCUGGAGCGCAGACAUGUGCUGGGAGGAGCAGCUGUGUCAGAGGAGAUUGUUCCUGGUUAUCAUUUCUCCAGGUGUUCCUACUUGCUCAGUUUGUUGCGACCACACAUUUACAAAGAACUAGAGCUAAAGAAACAUGGGCUAAAAGUCUACAUGAGAGACCCCCAUGCCUUCACCCCCAUGUUGGAGGAGGGGGUGAGAGGUGCUCCGCCUCGAUCCCUCACCCUGGGCUCAGACCUCGUCAAGAACCAGAAUGAGAUUGGCAAAUUCUCACUAAAUGAUGCUAAGGCUUAUCCGGAAUUUAUUGCACACCUUGAGAAACUAGCAGGUGCGAUCCACCCUCUACUGGACAAUCCACCUGUAGACAUUCCAGGCUUCACUGCUGGAUCUCUGAGGAAGAGGUUGGCUGCAGCUAAAACACUGAUGCCUGUCGUCAAAUGCGGUCUGAAACUUGGCCGAAACUUUCCAGACUUUUAUGAGAUUAUAACUGCGCCGAUAAUGAAGAUUCUGUGCAAGUGGUUUGAGUCAGAGCCACUGAGAGCAACGCUGGCGACAGAUGGUGUGAUAGGAGCCAUGACCAGCCCUAGUAAUCCUGGUAGUGGGUAUGUUCUGCUACACCAUGUGAUGGGAGAGCUGGAGAAGGAGAAGGGAGCAUGGGGCUAUGUAGAAGGAGGCAUGGGAGGUGUGUCUCAGGCUAUUGCCAAAGCUGCUCGAUCCUACGGUGUAGACAUUUUCACUGAAAAGGAUGUAAAACAGAUCCUUGUUGGUUCAGACGGUGGAGCUCAGGGGGUGGUGCUAACAGAUGGAACAGAGAUCCACAGUGAAGUGGUUUUAUCAAAUGCUACCCCCUAUGUUACCUUCAAGAACCUCACGCCACAGUCGUCCCUGUCUCCAGACUUCAUCAAAGCUGUAGACCAAAUAGACUACACUUCACCUGUUACUAAGAUCAAUGUGGCAGUAGACAAGUUACCAAACUUCCUAGCAUCCCCCACUCCGGAUGACAAACCUGGACCCCACCAUCAGUGCUCAAUCCACCUAAACUGUGAAAGUGUGGACAUCCUAGAGCACGCAUAUAAUGAGGCCAGGAAUGGACGUCCCUCAACGAGACCAAUGCUGGAGAUGACAAUCCCAUCUGCUCUAGAUCCCACUCUUGCUCCCCCUGGCUGCCACGUGGUGUCACUGUUUACCCAGUUCACUCCCUACCACAUAGAGGGCAGAGAGUGGACUGACCUGGACCGGGAAACUUUUGCAGACACAGUGUUUGAUUGGGUGGAGCAGUACGCCCCAGGAUUCAAAGCGUCAGUGGUGGGCAGAGACAUCCUGUCACCGCCAGACCUGGAGAGGAUCUUUGGACUCACCGGCGGGAAUAUCUUCCAUGGAUCAAUGUCUAUGGAUCAGCUCUACUUAGCUCGACCUUUGCCCUGUCUCUCAGACUACCGCUCACCAAUUAGAGGACUCUAUUUGUGUGGCAGCGGCUGUCAUCCAGGUGGUGGAGUGAUGGGGUCUCCGGGCUGGAACGCAGCACUCACUGUAAUAGCUGACCUUAAACGUCGCUAAGAAAAGGGACAGCAUAAAAAGUUAAUUCUGCUAUGCUUCACUAAAUCUUUCCUGUGUGAACUCUUCAAAUCUGAGAUGAAAAUUUAAGCACAAGCUAUAUGACAAGAUUUUUUCCACAUGAUGCUCUGUAAUGACCGUCCGGGGUGUACCCCGCCUCUUGCCCAUUGACUACUAGGAUAGGCUCCAGUCCCCACACGACCCCAUUAGGGAAUAAGCAGUUACUAAAAUGGAUGGAUGGAUGCUUUGUAGUGUAACUCUGAUUUUAACGAGAUUACUUACUGAUUUAAUGGGGCAAGUAAAAUGGAAUAUUGUUUGCUAUCCAUGUAAUAGGUUUAAUAAUGUGAUCUAACUCAGCCUGCAUUAAAUAAAUGACACCAAUACCAAAGUGAUGUUUAGAGAAAAUAUAUAUUUUAGAUACAUUGCAUUUAUAUUGAUAAUGUAAAAACAAAACAAAACAUUUUCUGAUGAGAAUUUGUUUAAAUAAAAUCAAUUGAUAAAUUCAA